CAUCAUUAUAAGUACAAGGUGUGGUCGAGACAACAGGUGGAUCGAUCGCGCUCUUUUCCCUCAAAGAAUAUUUUUAUUUUUCUGAACUACUCAGCACUGCUUUGAAAGAAUAAAAAAGCCGCGCAGGAAAGAAGGUUACAAAAAUCGAUGUGUUUUUGAACAGUUUUUUUGGAGUUACCGGAGAGUUUGUUUUUCUGCCCUACCUGAGCGCCAGGUGGGAGAGGACAAAGACGAAGAAAACAAGUCGGGAGUUUGGCGGCUUCGCUUAACGAAGACACUGGUGUAAAUUGACUCGAUUGAAACUGAUAGCAAAUUGAGAGUAAAUUGAAAAGAACUUGUUGGUGCUCCUUUUUUAUUUAAGAAAAUCGCUAAGUUCGCGUUAUUUUUUGUCUUGGUUGCUAGAAGUCUCUAUUCAAGAUGGCUAACUCCGGGUUACAAAUGUUAGGUUUUGUACUGGCCUUAAUAGGCUGCAUUGGGCUGAUCGUUGGCACCAUCAUGCCCCAGUGGAAAAUGUCCGCAUAUGUGGGCGACAACAUCAUCACGGCCAUCGCCAUGUACCAAGGAUUGUGGAUGUCUUGUGCGUACCAGAGUACCGGUCAGAUGCAAUGCAAAGUGUACGACUCCAUCCUUCAGCUGGACUCGGCUCUGCAGGCCACUCGUGCCCUAAUGGUGCUCAGCAUUAUCCUGACAGUGAUUGGCAUGGGAGUCAGCUCCAUGGGUAUGAAAUGCACCAACUGUGGUGGUGAUGACAAAGUGCGUAAGGCACGUAUAGCCACAGUGGGUGGAGUAGUCUUCCUCCUGGGAGGGUUGGCAUCCAUGAUUGCAUGUUGUUGGUUUGCAAACCGCAUCGUUCGGGACUUCUACAAUCCCUUAACUCCAGUCAACACCAAGUACGAGUUUGGAGCUGCUAUUUUCAUUGCCUGGGCAGGUUCCUUCUUGGUUUUGCUUGGAGGUGCCCUCAUGUCCUGUUCUUGUCACAGACGCAACAGCGGAGGUGCCAAAACCAAAUAUCCACCAUCCAAGGGCCGGCCGGUUAGCUCAACUGGCAAAGAUUAUGUUUAAGAAUAGUCUAUGAAUUGUCCACCAUACCAGCUCAUCCAUUGGCUGAAGUGAACACAAAGAAAUGUGGACUUUGGUUUUGUUUUAAACUUUGUACACUUUCAGAUACCCAUGUAGUGUUUAAUACUAAAGUGGGAGGUGCCCAUCUUGAAUGGGAGUGAUGUGUGAAUGGGGGGGGUUAUGUUUUUGUAAUUUUACAUAAACCAUUUAAGGGGGUUAGUGUAAUAAGUAGUAGGUCAUCUUGUUCUGUUACAUUGAAGUGGUAGUUACAGAAUAUAAGGAGAUGAGUGCCACUCCUAUAGGACACUUAAAAUCCUGACUGGGCUUCAAUAAACUUUGUGUGUGAGAUUGUAACUGUAAGGAACUUGUUUGUUGGUCCUCAAUAUACAACUGUCUGGUGCCAUGCAUACUGAACUUGUGCAAAGGUGAAUCCUCUAGGUGGUUUUUGGAGGAUUUAUGAUCUUUUUAACCAAACAGGAUUGUUUACCUGGUCACAUUUCCACGGUGGUAACGUUUUUCCCCGCCCAGAGGCAUCCAGCCUCUCCUGGCUACCUGCUUGCUGGUACAAGUCUCUUGUACUGUUUUUUAAAGAUAAUGGUGAGGCGGAUGUCUGUAUAAGCUUACUCGGCCCAUUUUUGUUGUUUGGAUUGACAUAACUAUCUUCACUCCUCCCUUUCAGGUUUUCUUAGUUCUGCUUGCUGUGUAAUCUUCACUCCAGUCCAUACCUUUUUAACAGACAAGUGGAGUCUUUAGUGAAGCUGCAUGUUUGACUGGUUUAAUUAAGUAAAGCAAUUUAAGUCCUGAAAAUGUAAUGCUCUGUGCUGCCCUCCAAAUUCAAUUCAAAGAAUGUGUAAAUUUUCUGGGAUGAGAAAUGCAGAUCUCUCAAUGAAAUAUUAAGGAGACUUUGGUGGCUGGGUCUGUGAUGUGUGGAUUUAGUUUUUUUUUUUUUUUUUUUUUUUUUUUUAUAUAUAUAUAAAGUGUCUAAAGAACAUUUGCCAUCUUCUCUACGCAUUGUUUUAGGUGUUUAAGAAACCAGCUUUGUAACCCUUUUUAUUUAACAGCUUUUUAAUUUUUAAAAUGUGGAUCAAGUAUGUAAAAUGUAAAUAAAUUUUUUUUUUCUCAAA